AUGUCAGACAGAUCCACCCAAUCUUCUCCGCUGCCGCCGGUGACGCCAAGAAUAGGGCCGCCGCAAUUUACAUACCCACCGCUAGCCAUCAUCCUCACGAUCAUCCUCCUCCUACUUUUCUGCGUGGGAUUCUUCUCCAUAUACUAUUGUCGAUGUCUCCUGGACAAUGCCCUUAUCAGUUUCCAUAUCCGGCCUCGCCGGCCCACGCAGGCUGCAGUGGCAGGGAGAAGAGGGCUUGACCCAAAAAUAGUAGAAUCCUUCCCGACAUUCGUCUACUCGAGCAUCAAGGAUUACUGGAAGGAGAAAUAUGGCCUUGAGUGCGCCAUCUGCCUGGUUGAGUUCGACGAGAGCGAUGUCCUCCGGCUCCUGACAACAUGUUACCAUGUUUUCCAUCAACAAUGUGUUGACCUCUGGUUGGAGACUCACAACACAUGCCCUGUCUGCCGGAGGAAGCUCGACUGCACAGGGGAGUCGCCUACAAAAUCACCCUCAAGAACGGUGCAAGAAAUCAAUCAUAACCAGGGCAACAACAACAAUGACAACGAGGAAGUCAGCAUCACAAUUAGGGAUCACGAUGAGGAGGAUAGAACGAGGGUGGAUGAGAAGGGGCAACGGGUUGCCCUUUCUGGGAGUGACAAACAAGGAGAACACAAUGACUCUCAACAAUGUAGUAAGAUAGAGAAGCUUUCUAGGUCAAAUUCAACAGGGCAUUCGGUAAGUAUUAAUGUAGAAGAUAGGUUCACUUUGAGGUUGCCUGAACAUGUAAAAACUAAUCUUAUUAAAGGACACAAUCCUAGCAAGAGUUGGAGCAAUUUUGGGAGUAUAAAAGGCAUGGGCAACAAUGGCAGAGAUGUUGAUCUCGCCGAGCCUUCAGGUGAAGACAGCAACAGCAAAGUUUAG